CUACUUAGCGGUGUUGUACACGAUAUAAGACAGAUGGAACCUUGGAUGGAACAGUCACUCAACCUUAUCAACGCCUUUCACCGUCCCUUCUUCUCUAUAUUUCACCUCCUCUCCCCCGUCGCUCCUUACAAUGGGCUGCAUACCCAGCAAACAGUCGGUACUUGACGACGAUUUCUCCCCGUCGUGUUUCGGCCUAACCUCAAAACGAUCACCCCAAGAGGAGAAAUCACGGCCGAACAAGCCUAAAGGGCCGCCUUCACCUAUCGUUGAGGGCUCCCUCCCGCCAUGGCUACAGAAGCGGGCGGUGUUGACUCAGAGGGCAGAUGGAAACAUAGUCAUUAUGGAGCACAACCCGCAGAAGUUGUCAUGACUGUAGUCGAAGUUUAGGUCGCAUUAAGACUCGAUGUUUCCACUGGGAAGUCGGGAAUUGACCAUUCAGGAU